AUGAUUGAUGGUCAGCAAAACCAACCCGAGACAACUCAACGUAAACUUAAGCAAGGCGCAACUGCCACUGGCAACGAAUUCUUUGGUCGAUCUCAAACGAUUUAUGAUGUGCCCGACCUUCCUCAGGCCUACAACCCCAUCUAUCCAGUUCUUUUCACUGGCAUGAACCGAUCUAAUGAAGUUGCCACCAUUAUCUUAAAGGCCGCCAACACCACAGGUCUUGAUACUAUGCUCAAGAACCCUAAGGCUGAUAUUAAAGACAUUCAAAUCGAUCAAGUGACAUACAUUGCCAGCAAUGAGGUGCACUCAUUCACGGGUGCUGGAUUCUCUACUAGUGGACAAUCCACCAAGGACUUUGCCAAACAGUCGUACAAACUCGAAUUGAACCAGUUUGGCAACAAAACUACCAAAGACUUGAUUUAUGGUCGCACUACUGUUAAGCUUCGAGCUGAAGAAACUGACAUGACCAUGGCGAGAGAAAAACUUUUGAUGGACUGUCUUGGAGCUGCAGGUGGUGCAACCCUCUCGGGGAGCUGGGUCCGCUUAUUCAUCAAUGAUCAGCCCUUUGGCCUUUACGUCAUGAUUGACGACGCCUCGACCCAUUUUAUUGACAACGUUCUUCAUGCUGGUAACUGGCAACAUCAAUUCACAGGUCCUACCUAUAAAGGAAACGCCAUGACGCCCGAGCAAGCAGGCAACCUCGCAUAUCUUGGCGAUGAUCUCACUCUUUACAGCGAAGAUCUAUACAAGUUGGAAGACAAGGGCGAAAACAAGGAUUUACACAAGAACAACUCCAUGGGCCCGCUUGUUGGCUUUAUGCGUGACCUUGCAAACAUCAAUCCGCAGCAGGCAACUGAUGCUCAACAUCCUGGUGACUUUAACAAACUCAUUGACCCCCAGCACACUUUGAUUCAUAUGGCAUUCAGUUUCUUGUCCGCAUCAUGGGACGGUUUCUGGUACCAGGCCAGCAACUACUAUAUCAAUCAAGACAUGCAAACCAACCAAUGGACGUUGAUUACCUAUGAUUUUGACGAGACGUUUGGCAACAACUCACCCGACGAGACCUUGAUGACCGUGCCCUAUGAGCAAUAUGGCCGACCCAACGCGUCUCGUCCCUUGGUUGACAAAUUGCUCGCUUCGCCUUACUGGAAGAGCCAAUUCGAGAAUACACUCAAGACAGUCAUCAAGAAAUUUUUCAAGCCUAGUGUUAUUGGUCCCCGCCUUGACGCAUGGACCCAAAUGCUCAAGGAAGACAUGGCUUGGGAUCGAAGCCUUCAGGCUCGUUCGCCUGGCACAGCAAGCAACUGGACCGUUGAAGAUUUCACUUCCAACAUGAACACAACCACCAAGGGCCAAGUCGGUAUUCUCGAAUUCAUCACCAAGCGUUCAGCCGCUGUUUGCCAACAGCUUCAAUUCCAAGACAACGAUGAUUUACCCCCGUUGCCUGCAUACACAGCCGGUCGUUACAUGGAUGCACAAGGUCAAGUUACUGACCAUCCAACCGGCAACAACGGCGGCAAUGUUGUUUCGCCUAAUGGUGGUGCACCAUCGUCUGCUUCUUCCUUACUAUAUUCCUCAUUGUCGGCUGGCUUGUCCUGUUGGAUAGUUGCAUUUACUACUCUCAUUUACUUUAAUCUUGUUUAA